CCCAUUCCCUAUUUAACCCAUUUUUUUUCUCCAUUUCCUUCCACAAUAUCAUAAAGUACUUUAACCUUAUUAGUCUUAAAUGUUAGUGCUACUGGUACCAUGGCUGCAGAACUUGGCCUUCUCUCCUUGACCCAGCUCCAAAGAUUGGCUCAGUCCCAACAUCAGCACUAUCAACUAAACCCUAGCUUGACCCGGCCGUCUGCCGGUUCGUGGAUGUGGAACCCUAAGCAAGCCAGCGAGGAAGAUGAUUCAUGGGAGGUAAGAGCCUUUGCGGAAGACACUGGAAAUGCCUCGGGCACCACUUGGCCACCGAGGUCUUACACUUGCACCUUUUGCAGAAGGGAGUUCCGAUCAGCCCAAGCUCUCGGCGGCCAUAUGAAUGUGCACCGCCGAGAUCGUGUCCGGCUCAACCAACCGCAGCCUAAUUCCAACAAUCCCACCUCCUCAUCUUCUUCGACUACUUCUUCAUUUAUAAUCCCAAGUACUCAAGAAUAUUAUUCCAGCAAUGGUGGACUGUGCCGGCUCUACCAAUCGCCAAACCCUAAUGGUGCCUUUACUUCAAGAGUAUCAGUAAAUGCAUCUCAUUUUGAGUCACCUUCCACCCUUCUCUCGAUUUCAGUACCCUCUCCACCUAACAACUUGAUGCCUCCUUGCUCUCCCUCAAUUAGUUACCCAUCGGGGUCACCAGGUACUAAUUCUCCUCGCUUUUACUCUAGCAAAGCCAAAGAAACAUCCCCAACCACAGAUAAUGUGAAUGAUCAAGAUCUUGAUCUCGAGCUUCGGCUCGGGCAGAGACCUAUGUCAUCAUAAGAAGCAAGAAAACAUGGUGUGCGCGCGGUAGCUAGGUUUACGCUUUUCCAGUUUCAGGAAGAUCGAUCAGAGUGCGCCGUAUGAUGUGUAAGAUACAGUGUUUCGUGAAAUUUUGUGAGAUUCUCUUCUGCUUAUUUUCCAGAUUCCAUGGUUAAUAUUUCAUUUGCGUGUGUAAGUGCAUGCGUGACAUUGAAGACACAUAUGGAUUGGAAAAAAAAAAAAAAAACGGAAGCCAGAAAGAUUGCCCUGGAAAUCCCAAGAAAAAAAAAAAAAAAAAACAAAGAUUUAUUUUAAGAAGUUUUUUGAAA